AUGGACAUGGAGACGGUAAAAGUUGUGAGUGUUCUGGUGGCUCUGCUGAGCUGUUGUAGUGUGGAAUCACUGCAGCCUGAUGGCAAACAUGUGUGCAGCCGUGUGAGAACUACCGAAACGGGACUGGUGGAGGAUCUGGUGUGCUGCCGUGGUUUCGUCCCAACCUUGGUCGGUGACAAGGAGGAGUGUGUGGGAGGUGUGGUUCCGCUCUUCGCCGCUGUCUGCGGCCAGCCGGCGGACGCUGGCCCGUGCGAGGGGAGCCACCGGCGCUGGUACUUCGACGCCAGCAGCGGGGAGUGUCAGCAGUUCGAGUACGGCGGCUGCGGGGGGAACCACAACCGCUUCCACAGCAAGAAGAGGUGCCAGAGGACUUGCGGGGUGAAAACCGAAGAAUCGCAUCGGAGGAUCGUGACGGACGUGGGAGCGGAGGAUGACGUGUGUUCUCAGCCGAUGAAGGUGGGGAUCUGUAAGGCCGCCGUGCCGAGGUUCUACUUCAACUCUGCGGAGAAGAAGUGCAUGUCGUUCGUGUUCGGAGGCUGCAGGGGCAACGGGAACAACUUCGUCACCAUGGAGGACUGCGAGUCCACCUGCGCGGGGAAAAGUGAAGGUGUGAAGCCCGCUCCAGCAGCCCAGGACUCGAGACUUCGGAGCGGCAAGGCUGACCCGACCCCCAAGCCUGUCCCCGUGUCCGAUGACGCCUGUCUGAUGCCCGUAAAGAAGGGGCCCUGCAAGUCCAUGAAGACCCGCUUCUUCUUCGACGAGAGCCUGGGUCGAUGUGACCAGUUCGUGUACGGAGGAUGCAAGGGGAACAGAAACAACUUCCUGACAAUGGCGGACUGCCACCAGGUCUGCAAAGACCAUAUCCACGCCACCUGCACCCUGCCGAUGGAGAAGGGGAACUGUAAGGGGUCCUUCCAGCGGUACUACUUCGACCCGUCCAGCGCCCAGUGCACCGCCUUUAUCUUCACGGGCUGCGGCGGCAACAACAACAACUUCGUGUCCAUGUACGACUGCGAGAGCGCCUGCAUGUUCGACACUAUCGACAAAGCACGAAUGGACCAGUACCGUCAGAAUCAGCAUGACCAGAAGGACGACCCGUCUCUGCCGGGCCGGAAGAUCGGCUGGUGGCCGGCUAUCCUGGUGGUCGGGCUGGUGUUGGUGGCUGCCAUCAUCGUGGGCGCUGUCCUGUGGCGCCGGAAGGCUCGCGCCGCGAACAUUAACAGGACCCCUAAAGGCGUAAGACUGGAGGACAGAGGAGCAGGGCCAGACGUUACGCUUACAAAUGAGGAAAAGACCAAAACAACCGUGGCCUGAGAUGACUAAAUAGCCAGCGAAAAUAUAUCAGGCUGAAAUAUGUACUGCAAGAAUGUAUUUCCUUUUGUUUGCUCGCAGUUUCUUGCAUUUGAAGUCAAUGACAUGUUGAUAUUCAAUAUCCGCGCUUUAAUAGACGAAGUAGGUUGCUAGAUGAUUUCGCUUUUGUGAAACAAAAGAAAACCAAAUGUUGUAAUGUUGCAUUACUACACAACGUUUGUAAGUUACCAUGUUGUGUUGUUAUUCUUGUACAUGCAAUAAGAGUACGAAGUGUGAGUUGUCAAUUUGUAGUACUGAAAUUUUGGCUGUAUAUGAAAAUCACAAGAUCACAUCAUGAGGAUCAUGAGGAUUUGGAGCUAAUAUUCUAGCCUAAUGUCAGAGCUGCUUCUAGAUUCCUUGUCAGCAAGUGCUACCAGUUUUCCUGUUGGUGAAUACUUUGACAUGGAAUCAUUUUCUACUCUCACUUUCUGUCAAGCACGCUGUCUGUUGUCUUUGAAAUACAUGUAUACUAACUUCUUGCAAAUAACAGCAUAUCCAGUUGCCCAUAGUGAAUUUUUUUCAAGGUUACACUCAGGAUGUGAUCCACUGAAUGUUGCAUGUGUAGUUCUAUGUUGCAUUUUUUCAUAGUUGGUGAAAAACUGUUUGAAUUUUUCCGGUUCUGUUUGCUGUCAUAUUUCUACUCGUGGAAUGAAUAAAUGUACAAAACACAUGAA